UCAAGGUAAUAAAGAAAAAGGCGGGAAAGUACAUAAACACGUCUUUAAGUAUUCUUACGUCUAACAGUAUUUUCGUUUCAAAAGAGGAUGUACAUUUUAUAAAAAUUAGAAUUAAAUUUUUAUGAAAUUUGUAAUAAUUUAGAUUUGUUAAAAUCAUGGUUGAUGAAAAAUUAAUUAAAAUUGUUCAAUCGACUUUCUCUAUUUAUGGACUUGUAUUAUCAAGAACACUUAGUAUUUCUGUUGCCAAACAAUUAUCACAAGUAAAUGAGGAUGAACAAGAAAAUUGGCUUACGGGUGUGGUAGAGCGAGUAUUAUCCCAAAAUUUAGAAAAUCCACAUGUGGAAGUAGAUCACAUUAGAAUUGCUAUUACAGAUUUUAUGAGAUCAGAUGUAUUAAAAGAAACUGAGACAAAAUUAAAUGUCAUUGAUGCGUAUGAUAUACCAAAGAUUACAUAUGAUCUUAACAAGAAAAAAUUUGUGUUACAUAAAAGCACUAUGGAUUUAUAUUCAGAUGUAACACAAAAGACUAUACUUUUUAAAGAUAGAUUUGAAACUAUAUUAUAUAGGAUAUUAAGACAUGAACUAUUCACUUCGCGUAAGCUUGGAGAAAAAAAUGUAUCCAGAAUAAAAUUAACACCUAUUGAAUCCUUGUACAGCGAGAGUAAAACAAGGGAUAUUUGCUUAUUAGGCCUUAUAGCUGAAUUUUCUGAAAAUCAUUAUUAUUUGGAAGACCCAGGAGGAGCAUUAAAAAUUGAUUUGAGACAUGCAAUUUUUCAAGAUGGUUUGAUUAUGGAAGGUUCUAUGGUAUUAGUUAGUGGUACUUACACUAAUGGUGUAUUAUAUGUUAAAGAAAUAGGAUUUCCACCGCCAGAAUCAUCUGAUAAUUCACGUGCAGAUUUUGGAGAUGCUAAUACAUUUGGUGGACCUCAUCCUACGUCAUUGAAAUUAUCUGAAAAGUUGAAAGUAUAUGAAGAAUCCAAUCAAAAUGGAAUGAUAAUUUUUCUAUCUGAUUUAUGGCUUGACAAUUCGGUUGUAUUAUCUAAAUUUAAAAUUAUGUUGGAUGGAUUAGUGGACAUUCCACCAAUAGCUUUUGUAAUAUGUGGGAAUUUUUUGAGUUUUCCUGAAAAUGAAUUCAGUCCAGCAGCAAUGAAGGAAGGUUUCAAGAAAUUAGCCGAUUUAAUAGUUCAAUAUCCGACUAUAAAGACGUCUUCGAAAUUUAUAUUUGUACCAGGUCCUUGUGAUUUGGGCGCACCAAAGAUUUUACCAAGACGAUCAUUGUCCAAAUAUGUGGUCGAAGAUAUUCAAAAAGCUAUACCAGAAGCUAUAUUUGCCACUAAUCCUUGCAGAAUUCAAUAUUGUACUAAAGAGAUUGUGGUAUAUAGAGAAGAUAUAUUGAUAAAAAUGUGUAGAAACACUUUACGUUUUCCUAGUGGAGAAGAAUCAAAAGUACCUAAUCAUUUCGCUAAGUCUAUUAUUUGCCAAGCACAUUUGGUUCCUUUAACACUUACAGCAAGUCCUGUUUAUUGGACACACGAUUAUGCCUUACGUUUACAUCCUACGCCCGAUUUAAUUGUAGUCGCGGAUAAGUAUGAACCAUAUUCGACUGUUUACUCAAAUUGCCAUGUGAUUAAUCCUGGAUCAUUUCCAAAUAAUAAGUUUUCAUUUAAGACAUACGUACCUGCAGCAAAUAUAAUCGAAGAUUGUGAAAUUCCAAGUACGCAGUAAAUUUCAAGUGAAACAUAUUAAAUGUAUAAUAAAUAAAUUACUAUUAAAGUUUUUCUAGCAAAA